AUGAUGUUUGCAGCCCGGCGCGUCCUUGCCUCGGUGUCUACCCGUCGCUCCUUCGCCACUGCCCGUCAUGGCGUUCGUAUGCAUGGCUGGCGGAAACCUCUCUUCUGGGGCGCUUGUUUCACUUUCCCCGCCGCAUACGCCUUGAAGCACUCAAUCUCGCUGGACGCGGAGGUGGCCACAGAUGAAGUGGUCGACCCCGACACGGCCAUCACGUUCCCUCGCACGCUUUCCGUUCAGUCCAAAGUUAAAUUACCCACGUACACUCUACUUGGUUGUGGCGUCCGGACGGUGUCUUUCUUGGGCAUUAAAGUCUACUCUGUCGGCUUCUACGCCGACUUGAGCAACCCAAAGCUGGAAGAGCUCCCCAGGUCUGCGUCUGCAGAGGAGAAGAUCAAGUUUCUCGUCGACAACACGUCCUGCUUGCUGAGAAUCAUCCCUACGCGCAACACUUCGUAUACUCACUUACGCGACGCGUUCAUACGUACCCUGACUGCCCGUAUACAAGCAGCGUACACAGGCAAGACUAUGACUCAAGAGGACGCUGUCGCUGUCGCUUCACCGAUGAAUACUCUCAAGUCCAUGUUCCCGAACGCCACUUUCGCCAAGCACCAGCCGCUUGACAUUAUAUUGACGCCCCCGAACAUCAUUCAGGAGCGGACACUCAUUGUGCGAGAUCUCGGCGCGGUCACGAACGACUGGGUAUCCAAGACGAUCGUACUAUCAUACUUUGAUGGCCAAGGCAACAGCCCACCGAUGAAGAAAGCUGUUUGGGAGUCUCUGGAGACCGUGGGCGGCAGAUGA